AUCACCUAAAAGAACAUUAUAGUCCUAUAUACUUCUUAACUCAUGUUGGUCCUAGCAGUGGAGUUACAUAUUAAUAGCAGGCUGUGUCCUUGGCCGUUGCGCUGCUAAUGCCGCCUCCAGAACAAUUUACUCAGAUGGAUGGAAGAUGGCAGCGGUUGUAACUUUUUAUUGGACGUCGCAGAUGUUUAGUUUUACAUAUUUUUGUAAAGACAGUGUUAAGAUGGCAGAAUAACCAUGGGAGACUGGAAUUUCCUUGGAGGCAUUUUAGAAGAGGUCCACAUCCAUUCUACUAUUAUUGGAAAGAUUUGGCUAACGAUCCUCUUCAUAUUUCGAAUGCUUGUCCUUGGAGUGGCAACCGAGGAUGUUUGGAACGAUGAGCAAUCAGAAUUUAUAUGCAAUACCGAGCAACCUGGUUGCAGAAAUGUGUGCUAUGAUGAGGCCUUUCCCAUCUCUCUCAUAAGAUACUGGGUCUUGCAAGUUAUAUUUGUGUCUUCCCCUUCCUUGGUGUAUAUGGGUCAUGCCUUAUACAGACUGAGAGUCUUGGAAAAAGAGAGGCAAAAAAAGAAAGCUCAGGUAAAGGUGGAACUUGAAAGCACCAAAUUAGAAAUGACUGAAGAUCGUAAAAGGCUGGAGAGAGAACUCCGGCAAUUGGAUCAAAGAAAGCUAAAUAAAGCACCCCUGAGAGGCUCUUUGCUCUGCACUUACGUGAUACAUAUUUUCACGCGGUCUGCAGUGGAAGUCGGUUUUAUGAUUGGGCAGUAUCUUCUUUAUGGCUUUCAUCUAGAUCCCCUUUAUAAAUGUCAGAGAGAUCCAUGUCCAAACACAGUUGACUGCUUUGUAUCUAGACCAACAGAAAAGACAGUCUUUAUAUUAUUCAUGCAAUCAAUAGCGACUGUAUCAUUGCUUUUAAAUAUCCUGGAAAUUAUCCACUUAGGAUUCCGAAAAAUUAAAAUGGGACUCUGUGAGCAGAAUAAAAACAAGGACGACUCUGACAAUUUCCACAUAAACACAUCUAAGAAAUACUCUGUGAUACCGCAGUCUUCUUUUGGAAUACCCACCACCCCUCAGAAAACUCUUCCUUGUGCACUUAGCAGUUAUACCUUUUUAAUGGAAAAGCAAACUGACACUACUGUCUACCCGGUUCUAAUUUCUCCUUCUAUGUUUCAGUCUGUGCAAAAUAAGCAUACAGAAAGCAGCAGUAAUUACACCCAUUGCAAUCAGGAAAAUAAAUUGCCAAAGAAGAGGCCAGUUACAAAUGCUUUAGACAAUCAGACUCAAAAUACCAGCAUGAAUAAUAACGAGGGUUUUCUUGGUGAGCUUGGGACUGAAGCACAUGAUGCACAAAAAGAGGCUGAAAAGAAACAUUUCCUUGUUGUUACUCAGAAUGCAGAUAUGGCUUCAAACAUGUGUUUGAGAAGCUUUACUGACAUGCCAUCUCAAACUUCACUGCAACCCAAUACAACUUUUCCUUGUACCAGUUUUAGGCAACAGCACGGAAUUGGUUCGUCUUGGAACUGCUCAGCAACGGUUGAGAGUGCAGGAGCUUUGACAAAUUCUCUUCCAAAAAGCAGCAACAGAAGACAAAGCAGUUUCAGUGCAAACAACGCCCAAACUCCUUACAAUACUGAUGUAAAAAAUUUUAGCCGACCAGACACUCCUGACUCUACAGAGGAGGUGAGCUCAGAAUCCACACAAAGUAGAAACUGGAAUAGUCCUAAGCUUUACUCUCUGUCCAGGCAACUGUCACUGUCAAGUAAUGCCAGCAGCAGGCGUGCCCCUACUGAUCUUCAAAUAUAGUGGGAGUUAACCCAUCAAUGCUGGAAUAAUUACUGAACAAGGAGACAUAAGCAAGACCUGUGUGUAGGAGUAGCUAAAUCAUUCAACUUUAACCAGCUUUUUCACGUAGAUAGAAAAGUUGUGUAACCCUUUGAAUAGCAGCUAAGUAACUUUCAAACAGUCCCUUUACUUCCUUUGUAAUGAAAAUGUGUCACAGACCUCAGUGUAUAAACUUCUACACUCCUUCCAGCUAAAAAGGAAAACAUACCUCCUCAAAGUCCACAUAUUAGGAAAAGUCUGGCAUAAAAUCACAGCGAUAAUACUAUCUAAACUGAAUAAAAGUAGGAGAAAAAAUGUAGAGUCUAACAAUAUCUUUUACGAAGACCAGUAAAUGAAAUUAGGCUAAAGGUGGCACUGGCGCUCUCAGAAGAACUUUUUGGUAAACAUGUU